AUGUUCGUCCGCAGGGGGCCCGGCGGCCCACGAGAAGGCCGAGAAGGGCAGAAAGAUAACGUGGAAAGGGCGGAUGCAUUACAGCUCUCCGUGGAAGAAUUUGUGGAGAGAUACGAAAGACCUUACAAGCCCGUGGUCCUACUGAAUGCCCAGGAGGGCUGGUCUGCGCAGGAGAAAUGGACUCUGGAGCGCCUGAAGAGGAAAUACCGGAACCAGAAGUUCAAGUGUGGUGAGGAUAAUGACGGCUACUCGGUGAAGAUGAAGAUGAAGUACUACAUCGAGUACAUGGAGAGCACUCGAGAUGACAGCCCCCUUUACAUCUUUGACAGCAGUUACGGUGAACACCCCAAAAGAAGGAAACUUCUGGAAGACUACAAGGUGCCCAAGUUUUUCACCGACGACCUCUUCCAGUAUGCUGGGGAGAAGCGCAGGCCCCCUUACAGGUGGUUUGUGAUGGGGCCGCCGCGCUCUGGAACCGGCAUUCACAUUGAUCCUCUGGGAACCAGCGCGUGGAAUGCCUUAGUUCAGGGCCACAAGCGCUGGUGCCUGUUCCCAACCCACACGCCCAGGGAGCUCAUCAAGGUGACGCGUGAAGAAGGAGGGAACCAGCAAGACGAAGCCAUUACGUGGUUUAACAUCAUUCACCCGCGGACACAGCUUCCAACCUGGCCGCCAGAAUUCAAGCCCCUGGAAAUCUUACAAAAGCCAGGAGAGACUGUGUUUGUGCCAGGAGGCUGGUGGCAUGUCGUCCUCAACCUUGACACCACCAUUGCCAUCACCCAAAAUUUUGCCAGCAGCACCAACUUCCCUGUGGUGUGGCACAAGACAGUAAGAGGGAGACCAAAGUUAUCGAGGAAAUGGUAUAGGAUCUUGAAGCAAGAGCACCCCGAGUUGGCGGUCCUGGCCGACUCCGUGGACCUUCAGGAGUCCACGGGGAUCGCCUCGGACAGCUCCAGCGACUCCUCCAGCUCCUCCAGCUCCAGCUCCUCCGACUCGGACUCUGAGUGCGAGUCUGGGUCCGAAGGGGACGGCACGGCGCACCGCAGGAAGAAGAGGCGCACGUGCGGCAUGGUGGGCAACGGCGACUCCACCUCACAGGACGACUGCGUGAGCAAGGAGCGCAGCUCCUCCAGGUGACCCUGCGCGCCGCGCUGUGGAAGGACGUGUCCAGAGGGCCGGGCCGGGCAGCCACCGGCUCCCCACGCUGGGCGGGCGGCUGGUCACGGGCCCCUUCCCUCGCUCUGGCUGCAGAUGAGCGGGGCUGGUGUCCGCGUGAAAGCGGGAAUCUGAGUGGAAGGUGCCAAGGAACCCCUGACGUUAUUUAAUAAAAUGUGAG